GAGACAGUUACAAGGAACAAGAUUUGCUCUUGGAUUUGAAAAGGAAAGAGACCUUAUGUACCGAAUUAAUUUUGGUACAAAAUGCCUCCGACUCUUUUUCAGAAACUUUUUAACAAAAGAAAUGCAUUUUCACCGCCCCCGAGAUGUAGCAAAGAGGACCCAGCUUUCAGCUGGCCCAUCCCCCAGCUGGAGCCCAGUCAGAUCAGGUUGAUAGUGUACCAAGACUGUGAGCGACGCGGCAGAAAUGUCCUCUUCGACUCCAAUGCCAAAAAGAGGGGCACAGAGGAAACCCCCAUCACUAGCGUGUGCAGUGAGGGCCAGGUGAAGAUGUUUGGGAAGUGCUGCCAGCUCCGUCCUACAGGGGGCAGCAGCAGCUCCUUGGACAGCUCCUCCUCCUGCGCCUCUGAGUCACGGGAAACCAAGGAGCAGGGCCUCCGCUUCCAGGGUUCAAGGUGUUCCUCCGACGUGGUCAUGCUGGGUGAGAUGAUGUUCGGGUCUGUGGCCAUGAGCUACAAAGGCUCCACUCUGAAAAUCCACCAGAUUAGAUCGCCGCCCCAGCUAAUGCUGAGUAAGGUCUUCACUGCUAGGACAGGAGGCAGCGUGUACGGCAGCCUCAACACGUUACAGGACAGCCUUGAGUUCAUUGGACAGGACUCAAACACCCUGAGGCCCGACCAGAACACCGGGGCCAACGGUCUCCUAGGGAACAUAGGAUUUUCUCAGCUCUGCAGCCCUCGACGGGCCUUCUCUGAACAGGGCCCUCUGCGCCUCAUCAAGAGCGCCUCUUUCUUUUCAGGUCACAGCCACCCCAUGGACAUGCCUGGCCGAGGGCUGUACGACGAGAGGGACAGUGGCAUCGCCAGGUCAGCCUCUCUGAGCAGCCUGUUGAUCACUCCCUUCCCGUCUCCUGGCUCCUCGCUGACCAGCAGCUGUGCGUCUAGCUACCAGCGCCGGUGGCUCCGCAGUCAGACCACCAGCCUGGAGAACGGGGUCUUCCCUCGAUGGUCGGUGGAGGAGAGCUUCAACAUGUCUGACGAGAGCGGCGGCCCCAGCCUCGGUGUGGCCCGCAAGAAGAAGAUCGCCAUUGGGGUCAUCUUCCUGCUUUCCCCCGACAACGAGGAGAACAGCCGCUUCCAGGACUUCUUCUUCUCCCACUUUCCUCUCUUUGAAAGCCACAUGAACAAACUCAAGAGCGCCAUCGAACAGGCCAUGAAGAUGAGUCGUCGGUCAGCUGAUGCCAGCCAAAGGGCAUUGGCUUACAGCCGAAUGGUGGAUGGACUCAACGAGUUCAGGACGACCAUCUGUGACCUCUAUACCAUGCCGCGGGUGGCCGAGCCUGUCUGGCUGACGAUGAUGUCUGGAGCCCCGGAGAAGAACCAGCUCUGCGGCCAUUUCAUGAGGGAGCUCUCCAUGCUGAUGGAGCAGACCUCCAAGAACCAAUUCCUCCCUGCCUUGUUGACAGCCAUCUUGACCAAUCAUCUGGCCUGGGUGCCCACCGUAAUGCCCAAUGGUCAGCCUCCAAUCAAGAUCUUCCUGGAGAAGCACUCCUCACAGAGCGUUGACAUGCUGGCCAAGACACACCCCUACAACCCACUCUGGGCACAGCUAGGUGACCUGUAUGGUGCCAUUGGCUCACCUGUACGUCUGUCGAGGACAGUGGUGGUUGGCCGCAAACAGGAUCUGGUCCAGAGGCUCCUCUACGUCCUCACCUACUUCAUCCGCUGCUCCGAGCUCCUGGAGACCCACAUGCUGGACAGUGCUGAGGAUGAAGCCAUUGUUAUGCCUGGCUCCCUCAUCACCACCUCCUUGAGGAGAGGAGAGGUCGAGGAGUCAGACUAUGUCCUGGUAACCGUCCACAAACCCAGCGGGGACUACCUGUCCCAGGGGGCCCAAGGCGGGCAAGCUGAGGCCGAGGACAGCAGCUACCCCUCGGAUAACAGCCUCCAGAGCAGCACUUACACAGACACGGAGGUUGAGCCUGGUGCCGGGGACACGCCUAAGGAGGAGGAUGAAGAGGAAGAUGAGGAAGAUGAGGACAGUAGUGAGAGUCAAGGGUCCAGGAGCAGUGUGGUUCAGACGGGACACAGCGAGAGUCACUGCCGGAGUCAGGGCACCCUGCUUAUCACCAGGACUGCAGAGGCAACUGAAACCAGGGAGCUGCGCAAGGAGUCUGGCAGCCCGCUGCACACUGAGGCCAGACUGGAGACAGUGGUGUGUGUCGGCUCGGCGUCCCCCAGGGAGCAGACCUGUGUGCUGGAUGCAGAGACCAAGAGCAACCUGGAGUCUCUGGUCCCAUUCAUACCAACAGCCCUAACACCAGACCCAUCCUCACCUCCCACCAGCCAAGAGGGGAAGGACAUUGAAGCAGAGGCCAGGAUGGAGGCAGGGGUUGGGAACCAGCCUAUAAAAGUGCUGGCUCCACGAACCUUGGGAAUCCCUCUGGAGAAGAAGCCCCCAGAUAAGAACCUGCCUGCUGCGGUGCCGGUCCCAGGUAUGCCAGGAAACACAGCGACAGGGCCCAUGGUGCUGACACUUACUGAAGAGGAAGAGCCGGCCACAAAAGUUACUUUUCUGAUUGGAGACUCGAUGUCUCCAGAGUCAGACACGGAGAGCCGCGGAAGGAAAAUGGAGGAGGACAUCAAAAAGCACAAAAAACACCUCAAGGAUAAACAGCUGCUGCCUGAGCAACAACAGCAACAACUAAAGCAUCAUCAAGGACAACAUUAUCAACAACAGCCACAGCAGCAGCAGAAGGGAGCAGAUUCAAAGACCAGCAACAACAGUGCAACAUCAGAGGACCAAACCAAACAGACCAAGGAGGCUCCAGCCCUGCAGCGGGUCUCCAGUAAAAUGCCCCAGUGGAGCCCCGAAUAUAUGGACUACAGCGAGUUUGAUGAGUAUUUCUGCUCAGAGAACCCUGUUGAGACCAGGACUAUAGACGAUGUGGCCAAACAACGGCAGGACGCCAGUGCCACGAACAAAAAGCACAAAGAGUUGCUAGACCCCUCGGGAACCCCUACAUCAAGUGACUUGGAGGGUCCUGGCUUUCAGGGUGCAGGCCGGGGUUUGGGUUUGGGUUUUGGUCUGGGUCUAGGUCUGAGUCCAGGUAGUGGAGAUGUAGGGUCCUGCACAACAGGGGACAGGAAGGGGGAGAGUUCAAUUGAGGUCCAGGGAAGGUGUAGGUGUGGGUCUACAGACUCUGUUGAGACCUGCUGCUGCAGGGGCUGUUCUGCUGAGCAGGACAAGGGCAUCGUUGUGUCAGUCGCCGUCCCCCAAGAUGGCAAAAACAACAGCAGCAACAACAAAGGGGACCAAAAGAGGAAGGCGGCGCCAGUCAACGACUGGGAGAUCCCGCGUAACGAGAGCUCAGACAGCGCGCUGGGGGACAGUGAGAGCGAGGAGACGGAGGAUUGGCAAGAGGAAGUGGUGGUGCCCUUCCCUGGAUCAAAGUUGGUGGAGAACUACUCAAAGCCAAGUAUUGCCAAUUUUGGCCGGUCUCUAUUUGGAGGCUACUGCCCCACCUACGUGCCAGACUUUGUACUACAUGGGAUGCCUAGCGAUGAGAAGUUACGGCAGAGCCUCAUGGCUGAAUUGACCCAUGCUGUACAGCAUCCAGUAUUGGAUGAGCCCAUAGCGGAGGCUGUCUGCAUUAUAGCAGACACAGACAAGUGGACAGUGCAGGUGGCCAGCAGCCAGAGACGGGCCACAGAUGUCAACAAGCUGGGGAAGGAAGUCCUGGUGUCCAGCCUGGUUUCAAGCUUACUGCAGUCCACUCACCAGCUCUACAAACUCAACCUCUCACCCAACUUUUGUAUAAUGCACCUUGAGGACCGUCUGCAGGAGAUCUACUUCAAGAGUAAAAUGCUGGCUGAGUAUUUGAAGGGCCAGACUAGAGUCCAUGUCAAAGAGCUAGGCAUGGUCCUAGGAAUUGAGUCCAGCGACCUUCCCCUGUUGGCUGCGGUGGCCAGCACUCACUCUCCCUACGUGGCACAGAUCCUACUGUGAGACUGCAACAGCACCGAGGUCCCAAGCAGCUGGCCGGCCGAAGAAAGACUGGGUGGUGCCGCUCUGGCCCCACAAUGGCUGCCCGUGCUCCACAGGUGCCCCGACAGGGCUUCCUGACCUGUGUGCUGGGGCUAGAGCAGGGCGUGUUGGACUAAGCCCAUAGCCAGCGCCUCCCCUCAUCACAGAGCCGGUGGCUGCUGCUGCUGCUGCUAAAUUUGGUGCAAUACUGACUUUGUACCACUAGGGGGAGUCAGAGACCACAGUCACAUAGGUGGAGCGAGGCUCUGCUCAUGACUGGAGCAUCCCUGAAAUGACCUUCUCCUGUUUUUUGAAUGUUUCUUUUAAAACAGGACUUUUUUUGGACACAGAAGCCAAAGACUUUAUUAAUUUUUCCAGUUGAGAAUGGAAAUUUAAGAUAUCUAUAAUUUUUUUCUUUUCUUUUUUUUCUGUACAAUCUUAAACCCAGUCGAAGGAAGCAAAAGGACUACGUGUUUAAGGGAAUUGAAUGGACUCUUUUUUUUUUUCUUUUUUUUUUUUUAACUUUAUGGUUAAUAUCAUUGAGAAUAUUAUCAAUCUCACUUAUGCCAAUUUAUGUCAUAUUGUUUAUCCUCAUGUAUUUGUUUACAAGCAAACUUUCCCUGAGAUAUCUCAAUGAUAAAUUCUUUCUUUAUUCUUUGUUAAAUUACAAUGCCUCCAUAAAUUCUGACUUUAAAGCCUAUUUUUGGGCAUGAGGGGGUGAUCGAUGCACACAGUAAUUUUUAGUUCUCUACAAGCUGGUUUUGAAAUGGCAAAAGGUGGCUUUGACAUUCUUAUCAUAGGUACAGCACUACCUCAGAUCUUAAUAUGGGCGAUGGCUACUACAUGCAUUUACAGUUGCCCCAUAGCAAACCCUGAGGUAUCAUUUUUAUGCUAUUUUAAUCAGAGGAAUGUCAGCUUGAACUGUGCGCAGACUCUAUGCUGUGUUCUUUGUGAAAAAGGGAAGACUGUUUUAUUCCUUAAGUUGAUCGUUGGUCAAAACAAACAAACAAACAAACAAAAAAAAACUGCAUAUUUUUGCUUCAGAAUGUGAUUAAUUAAAAUGGGUCCCUUUCUACUGUGGAAAAGCUAAAACAUUGCAUUAUCUAUAUCUAUUUUAAAACCAAAAUGCUGAGAUAUUUUCACACUUUUAUAGCUUCGCCACCUUCAUACGAUGUUUACGGCUCUCACGUUUGCUUCAGAGACGGGAGUAGAGAAACAGAGUAGGCCUUACAGCACGUUAAUAUAUGUAUCAGUCACACACUAUUUUCAGGCAACUCGUGUUCGGAUGACGUUUUUAUUCACAAUACCACAACAUGCAAAACAAAAAAAACAACAGUAGCACGCUUACUGUUUUGGUCUCUUUUUUAAAAAUUUAUUUUAUUUUAUUUUACCAUUCUGUAGUUUUUCAUGACAUUGAUGCGUGUGUGAGUUUGGAGGUUAUGCCAUAUAACCAGGGUGCGAUUUGCCGGGGGAAACUGGUUGCUCUCCCAGCUUCUCCUUUUUGGUAAUAUUUCAUCUCCAGUGAGGCGUCUUUUUUUUUCUUUUUUUAAUGAAAGCCAACCACUGAAAACAUUUAAAAACCCACUGGAAGUGCAUCUAUAUUCUCUCAGCUGUGUAGCAGCCUAAACCGACCACGUUACUUUGUUUUGUACACUUACGUACACGUCUUAGAAUUAGACACAAAGAGACAAAGCAUGAAUUUAAGAAUGGCCCCCAUUAACUCUGUUCAGCCAGCUUUAACCUGUGAGUGGUUUCUGGUGAGCAGUAUUAUUUUAAGCUGUUCUUUAUUGGCUGCCACAGCAUGACAAAUCCCUUUGGCUGUGGCCAAAUUGAUACAAAAUAUAUUUUAAGAUUAGCAUGUGGCUUAGGUAAAUGCUUUCUCGCUUCCUCAAAUAAUGUAUGUAACUGAUUGAUAGGCCUUAGGUGUACAGUGUAUGCCACAAUGUAUGUUGAUAAUUAGACAAUGCAGAAUGAAAUGGCAAUUUUCUCCCAUUCAAAGUGUUCCCCCUACCCUUGUUUCUCUUUCUUUUUUUCCUUUUUUUUUUUUUUUUUUUUUUUUUUUAAAAAACCAAAUCGCACCCUGAAUAUGACCCAAGUCUUAAUGGACAUGGCAUGAAUGCAUCAGAGGCUUCUGGAGAAGUUGUUUUGCUGGUCAAAUUGAUAUAUACAUGCUUGUUACUGUAUGGAAGAUGCUCUGCUAUAUCAGCCUACAUUUUGUACAACCCCCCGCCAUUACGUUUAAAAGGGUAUACAUUUGUAUCUGCUUCUCCCUCUUUGUAUAUGAUUUAAAUUAUUAAGGUAGGUCAUGGUGUGUGUAACGGUUCGUGUAAAUUGUACAUACUCAGUUUAUUUCCAUUUAUUUGUACAGACUGUCUUUAAGAAUUGUCCCCUCGAAUUAUUCUUUUCCCAAUUUUAUGGGAAUGUUGUGCAAUAAAGAUGCUGAUGCUAGGAA